UUUGAUUCUCUCUGUAUUGUUAUCUGUAGGUUUUUACAUGGAAACCAGAUCAAAAACAUUGAUGCGAAUGCUUUUCGCGGCCUCACUGAUCUGCGUUUGGUGUAAGUUGUAUUGAAUAGAAGUAAACUGAUAUGCUUUUCUUUCAGCUUCGUACAUAGUUCUAUAGUAUUUAGCAUUUUAAAAAGUUCAAUAUCAAUCAGUUGGUAAAUGGUUUGUCUAAAUCAGUAUCACGAUCUUGAUGGUUUUAUGUCAAGUUUCCCCUUGGUUUUUCUUUGUACGGGAUAGCGACAAAUUUAUUCCGCGUAAGGGAAAAAAAUUUUAAAGCAAUUCAUUCUUAAGCAUAUCAUAUAAACAAAUUAACUUCUUGAAUUUUAGGACGCUAUUUAAAAAUCUCGCCUUAACGUCACUUCCAAGAAAUGUAUUCAAUAGACUGACUGAAAAUGUUACUUUGUAAGUAUAGAUAGUUCUUAAUCUACUAACUAUGAUACAUUUCUUCAAGGCCCUUUUGCAUUCAAUAAGUAUGAACUUUGAGUCAUUAAUACCAUUACAUACCCACUGUUCCUCAUUGCAGUUGCUUGGAUAAAGAUUGUUAUUUGAGAUAUUUGACAAUUUGUGAUUCAAGUUGGUUAUACCUUCCGAGAGAGACACCUUGUUUUUUUUAAGAUCACUGAAACCUCUGGUGAUGCCAAUUAACCUGAAGGUGUUUAACCAUGCAGUGAUAAACAAAAAACUGCUCAAUAAUUUUGUUCUUGGCUGAUCCUGAUCUUCGUGCACGGUUCUGACCAAAUGAGCCACCUCAUUUGAACCUAGUAAUUGUCAAUUUACUUAAGAAUACCUCAAACCUCAACGUAAAGUUAAAAGGUUUGAACUUCUUUUUAGGGCUCUCUCCUGUAAAACCCUCAAAGAGCUUCCUCUAGGGAUAAACGAGGCAAGAGUGUAAGUGAAAGGUCAUGUAGAGCAAUUUUGGUUGUAAUUCGGGAUCGCUCGGGUUUUGCUGUAAAACUCAUGAUCAGAUUGAAAAUAACGAUUAAUUGACCUUGACUUGAUAAUGUAUAUCAACAAAGAAAAGAAGUUAGUCAUCGUUACUGUGAAUUUGCAGUAUUUAACCAAAGUUUUAAAAACAUUACAGAUCAGUCAUUUUUUGCUGCCUCGAGGUCAUUUACAUAUAGGUUGCUCAAGAAUAUUAUCUUCGGUUUGGUCUACUUUAUCAGAUGCAGUAAAAUCCGGCUGUGAUGUGCUGUGCUGUCUUGUUCUAUAAUGUAUCAUGUUUGAGCUUUCAUCAAUGAUUUGUCAUAUUCAGUAUCUUUUGGUCUGGUUUGGUGUGAGUCUGAAUCCAGGCCAUUUAAUUUGCCUUACAUAUAAGCUUGGUGGAACUCUUUAACCUUGAAUUACAGUGAAUUGUUGCGCCGGCUUUUCACCCUUUUGGUUUUAUUAACAAGUUUCUGGUUUUUAUUUUCUUUCAUCAGCGUAUGUGCUCCAACAGAAUCUUUGUUUGUAAUCGUCGAUUCCCGGGAACGCCGCUAUCAACUGGAUGGUCUUCUAGACUCCGGCUUUAUGUGUUCUAAAUGCAGUAAGGGGGACUAUCCCAGAUGCCUUAAUUGUAGCCUUUGCUCGACGGGCACCUACAGCAGCCGUGAUAGAGCGAAUACAAAUUGCUUGAGGUGCCCUGCAGGUAAAUACGAUGCUUUACAUAUUGUAAUUUGUUUUGAAGACAUUUACGUUUAGCUAAAAACCAUAAAAUGAGUGUCUGACCUCAAUGGAUAGAGUAUCGCUCCCAAAUGUUUUAUUUUCAGGAGGCUUUUACCAAGACGAAAUGGGCCAAAUUGACUGUAAGACCUGCUCCAUUGGCACUUAUGUUCCUGAGAUUAACUACCGUGGAAAAUCCGCGACUGACUGUCGUGCAUGCCCUUACGGUAAGAGGAAAUAAUGGUUGAAAAUGGGUUUUGAAAAAUUGCAAUAACAUUGAAUAGAAGAGAAUUCUUCUUGUAAGAAUGCAUUACGUAUGAAUACGAGAAUUGUUUCUUUGUCAUAUUGACCCAUCUCGUCCUGAUAAAGACGGGCUGAGUCAAUAUGAAUGCAAGAUUUGCAGCACGUGUACCUAUGUUCAUGAAGAGCAGCAUCCUGGAAAAAGUCCUACUGACUAUAGCGCAUGCCCAUACGGUAAGGAUCAGGUUCAAUAACAAGCUCUUGCGUGAUUUCACUUUCGUCCUUAUUGUCCGAUGACCAUGAUUUUAUAAUUUAAAAAAUGUGCUUGCUUUUCAUUAUGAUUUUAAACAUAAACUAAUUAUAAAACAUUUUCUCCCGAUUAAGAGUCAUUACUGAUUGUAGAGCCAGGCUAGGAAAACCAAUUUGUUUCGACACCUGUACUGCUAAUUUUCGGAAGGCGGUGAGGUAAAAUGACUACCCAUCUCUAACCGUAAAUUGUUGACCGGGUGCUGUCGGUAAAAUUUGGUGCUCUGUCUCUGAUGUGUAUUACUCCCCAUGCAACCAUAGGUUUAUGAUGUUGUGGAGAGCACUGGUGGUUGUACUUUAGCAGAAAGUUUAUCCAUCUGGCUCUGGUUGUUCAAAGACUGGAUAGCGCUCUUGACUGAACAAAUCUCGAUUCGGUGGAUGGUGCAGUACGUUCUGUUAACACUUAUCCAUUGAAUAGCGAUUUAUCCGUCUAAUAGUGUUAUCCGUCCUUUGAUCAACUGGUCUCUGAAAGAUCUCUCAAGAAAGUAAAGGGUUUUCAUGUUGGAAAAUUCUGAUCACUAUGUUUUUACAUAACAUCUCUGUGUUUGUAAACAGGUACUAACACUGAUGAAAUCGCUGGUCACCGUGCAUGUCGAUGCCUCCAUAAAUUCUACCGCUUGGAUCGUUUUGGUCCUUGCAAAUCGUGUCCAUAUCAUGGAAUGAACUGUGAGAAUGAUACGGCAAUAUUAGCACCAAAUUACUUUUGGAAAUGGAAAAGCUCCGAAAAAAUGGAAUCUUACAAAUGUUUCGUCCAAAACAUCCACAUUACCACAGCUGAGUAUAAUAAAACCUUCUCCACUUUUGAGGGACUGUUGCCAAAGUCUCUGAAGUGCCCUUAUCCAGACUCAUGUAAGGGCGGAAUAAACUCAACGUGCAACACUGGCUACCAGGGUAUCCUCUGUGCAGCAUGUUCCUCGUACCAUUAUCUUAGAUUCAACAGAUGUUUAAAAUGUCCCAAGUUGGUGGUCACAGUCAUUUCUUGUGGUCUGAUACUUUUGUUCUUUGUCCUACUAUUUGUGAUUGUUUUCAAGUGCGACUCAAGACGAACAGGAGACAAUCGUUUUGUUGCAGAUGUCGUUAUGUCCUGCAUUAAGAUCAUUAUUGGAUUCUAUCAAGUUCUUGCUGGUAUUUUUUCAGCUUUGCUGCAUGUCCAGUGGCCAAUGGUUAUUUUAUCUGCGGCGAAAUGCUUGAAAUUUGUUGAAGGAAAUAUUUUACAGUUCGCACCUCUGAGUUGCAUUCACCCUGUGCUCCGCUUGGACCCAUUUAUUCAAUUUGUCCUCGCUGUUACUAUAAACGUCUUUGCUGUCUCUUUAAUACUGCUUUAUCUCUUCUCUAAAAUGCUUCUCCUUAACAGGAUGGAGAAUUCCACGGAAGAAAACAAUUCCAAUUUUAUAGCAGGAAACACCUUAGAAAGAAUGGAGGAUACCACAGCAGAAAAUGCCUUUUAUGGAAUUGAGAAUUCCAUGCCAGAGAGUGCUUCGGCGAGCUCAACUAGGGAAUCUAAACGGGAAAAAAUCUCAAAGUUGAAGAAGUCUUGCUAUCGAAACAUCUUUUUAUUUCUCCUGUUGUCUUAUCCAAUAACAAGUAAGAAGAUUAUAAACAUUCUGCCCCUGCCAGGAGCGUGUGUCAAGGUGUGUUUCUUGAAUGAUGACAGCGAUUGUAUUUCUCUACUGAAGGCCGACUAUUCCAUUCCUUGUUCUACCUCUCGACACACUGACUUUUGGCACAUCGCUGCUGGGUUUGCACUGUAUCCCAUCGCCUUCCCAAUUCUGCUGUUAGCACUCCUUUGGAAAUGUCGAAAAUACCCGCAAAAACACAAACAGUUUAACUUUAGCUUGAAAGUGUUUUAUGAGAACUAUAAGGACAAGUAUUGGUUCUGGGAGAUAGUUGAGAUGUACCGGAAGCUGAUCUUUGAACAUGUAUGA